AUGAAUCCUCUGUAUCCAACGCAAAACCCGUUACCCACGUCAGCCGCUGCUACUGCUUUUGCAAUGGCGGACCCUUACUCGUGGGAUCUUACAUCUCUCGAAGACAACAUUGAAGCACAGAAACUACUUGCUGCAGCGAUAGCUUCCAAUGAUCGAUACCGAUACGAGGAAGACGCAAAGAGGAAAUUAGACUUGUUGGAAGACUUUAUUCAACAGACUCCAACCAAAGCAAGUCAUAAUCUAAACAUUUCGUCUGUUCCUCAUCCGGAUCUCUCUACUCAAGAUCCGGCAGAGUUGAGCAGUUCACCAACGCUGUCAGAACAAUCGCCCGAACCACAAAAGAAAAAACCCGGAAGAAAACCGCUUACAAAUACUCCAAGCUCUAAACGCAAGGCACAAAACAGAGCUGCACAGCGAGCGUUCCGUGAACGAAAAGAACGUUAUGUCAAAGAACUCGAAAAUAAAAUCAAAUUACUAGAAUCACAAUCUGCCAAGAGCGUUCAAGAGAAUGAAAAACUCAGAGCACUAGUAGAACAGUUACAAGAAGAGAACAGUCUACUCAAACAGUCUAAUUUUUCAUUUGAUUUCACCGUCGACAGCACGUCUAAAAGUACUGCCGCCAUAGAUAAAGAGAUUAGCGAGUUUGUUGGACAGUCAUCCGGAGGCCCGACUAGACCAAACAUGAGCACACCUCCAUCAUCGCAGGCUAGUGACGAAGAAGCAAGCACGCCUGCAAGUAGUGUGGGAAAUCUACAACCGAUCGAAGCAGCAACACCCUUUAGCACUUUUUCCAAUUCUCCUCAGAUAUCGACAUACGACUUUGUCAUCGGCGACGAUGAUAUCACAGUUUCGGAACCUGCGCCGCCCAAGCCCACUAAACCGUCGUCUGCCAAACCACAGUCUGCAAAGGAAUUUUGUCAGAAAUUCACUAAUGGA